AUGUUCGAUAGUAGUGAACCAGAAAGAGCUCGUCUACCUCAAGAAUGGACGGAUCGACUGGAUGAUUUUCAAAAAAUAAUGUUUCUCAAAUGUCUUCGUCCAGAUAAAGUCACAAAUGCUAUGCAAGAUUUUGUAGCCAAUAAUCUUGGUCAAAAAUUUAUUGAGCCUCAAACAGCUGAUUUACAUCUUGUCUUUCGUGAUUCAUCAGCAAUAACACCGUUAAUUUUCGUUUUAUCCGUUGGUACUGAUCCAGCUGCUGAUCUCUAUAAAUUUGCUGAAGAAAUGAAAUUUUCUAAACGUCUCAAUACAAUAUCACUCGGUCAAGGACAAGGCCCAAGAGCUGAAGCAAUGAUGCGAGCAGCAAUGGAAAAAGGACAAUGGGUAUUUUUUCAAAACUGUCAUUUGUCACCAUCAUGGAUGCCAACAUUAGAAAGAUUAGUUGAACAAGUCGAUCCAGAUCAUGUGCACAAAGAUUUCCGAUUAUGGUUAACAAGUAUGCCUAGUCCUCAAUUUCCGGUAAUGAUCUUACAGAAUGGUAGCAAAAUGACAGUAGAACCACCACGUGGUAUCAAGGCUAAUUUAUUACGUUCUUAUAUAACAUUGAACGAUGAUUUUCUCUCAUCAUGCACUGGAAAAACGGAUGAAUUCAAACAUCUUCUUUUCUCACUUUGUCUAUUUCAUGCUGUGUUACUCGAACGUCGAAAAUUUGGCCCACUUGGUUUCAAUAUACCAUAUGAAUUUACUGAUGGUGAUUUACGUAUAUGUAUGAGUCAAUUGAGAAUGUUUUUAAUGGAAUAUACUGAAAUAGCUUAUAAAGUUUUGAAAUAUACUGCUGGUGAAAUAAAUUAUGGUGGUCGUGUGACAGAUGAUUGGGAUCGACGAUGCGUUAUGAAUAUACUUGAUGAUUUUUAUGCAGCUAAAGUUCUUGAUUCAAAUUUUUGUUAUGAUCAAUCACAAAUCUAUCAUCAAUUACCACCAACAUCUGAACAUCAAGCAUAUCUCGCAUAUGUUCGUGGUUUACCAAUCAAUGAUACACCAGAAAUAUUUGGUUUACACGAUAAUGCUAAUAUUACAUUUGCACAAAAUGAAACAUAUCGUACAAUGAAAGAUUUACUUGAUUUACAACCAAAAACAGCUACAGCUGGUGAAAAUCGAGAUCUUGCUAUUGAAAAAUUAGCAAAUGAUGUAUUAUCACGUGUACCAAAACCUAUACCAUUAGCUCUUGUUAUGGAAAAAUAUCCGGUUAUGUAUGAACAGUCAAUGAAUACUGUCUUAACACAAGAAAUUAUUCGAUAUAAUAAAUUAUUAAAUGUAAUUCAUACAUCAUUACAAGAAUUAUUAAAAGCAAUGAAAGGUUUAGUUGUACUUUCUCAAGCUUUAGAAGAAAUGUCAAAAAGUCUAUUUAAUAAUGCUGUACCAAUCAUGUGGAGUAAAGCUGCUUAUCCAAGUUUGAAACCACUUGCAUCAUGGGUUGCUGAUUUAAUUCAACGUGUUGAAUUUGUUCAAGGAUGGGUUGAUAAUGGUAUUCCAAAUAUAUUCUGGAUAAGUGGUUUCUUUUUUCCACAAGCUUUUCUCACUGGUACUCUACAAAAUUUUGCACGAAAACAUGUUAUCUCAAUUGAUUCAGUUAGUUUUGGUUUUCAAGUUUUGAAACAAUCAAUGAAAGAAUUAACUGCAGCACCAGCAGAUGGUUGUUAUAUUCGAGGUUUAUUUGUUGAAGGUGCUCGUUGGGAUAAUGCAACACAUGUACUUGGUGAAUCUCGAGCAAAAGAAUUAUUUACAGAUAUGCCUGUUAUAUGGUUACAACCAGAACAAAAUCGACAAGUUCCAACAUCUGGAAUAUAUAUGUGUCCUGUAUAUAAAACGUUAACACGUGCUGGUACAUUAUCAACAACAGGACAUUCAACAAAUUUCGUUUUUACAAUUGAAAUUCCAUCAUCAAAAACACAACAAUACUGGAUUAAACGUGGUGUUGCACUUAUAUGUGCUUUGAAUUAUUAA